AGAAGAUAUUUUCGAAUCCCGCGCGCUAAGUUGAAGCCACUCAUUUUUCUCAUCCAUUUAGUCCCCACUCGUUCGUCCACGUAUCGAAGAAAUCAUCAGAGAGAGAGAGAGAGAGAGAGAUGGAGCUUGAAUCCACCACCGCUCGACGCAGGCUCGCUGCCAUCGCCUCUCACUUCCCGGCUACCACUUACGAUCCCGCAUCUCUCGUCCCCUUGAACUGCAGCAGCAGUUUGAACUCUGUCAUCAGAAGGUGUGAUAACAAAAUCUCUUUUGCCCGGCAAGCAUCUUCUGAACAAGGUUUCUUUAUGAGGCAGGCUUCCACCGAUGAGGACCAUGAUGAGAACUUAGGCAUCACUUUGAAGAACUCUGUCAUUAGAAGGUGUGACAAUAGGCUGUAUUUUGCUCGGCAAGGAUCUUCUGCACAGGGUUUUUUUAUGAGGCAGGCUCUCACUGAUGAGAGGACCAUAUCACAAGAUGCUGCACCUACCAAGUGUUCUGCCACCAAAACAACUGGCUUCGAUUCCUCUUCACCUGAGUACGCCGCGCCACAGUUUUCUAAGCCUGCAAAAGAGGAGUUCGUUUUUUCUUCCGUAUCACCAAAGCAGCAAAAAGAAAUGCCUAAGCCUGAUCUUCCUAAGUUAGCCAAUCUAGGUACUGUUUGGUCUCCGAGAUCAAAUGUUGCUGAAUCUGAACACAGCUAUGUUGUGGCAAUGGAGCUACCAGGGGCCAGCAUUAAUGAUAUAAGAGUGGAGGUCGACAACAUAAACUUGACUGUGACAGGUAGACGCACAUCUAUCUGUCAAAGAGACAGAGUUGAGGCAGGCACCAAAGCUUCAAUCCUUGGAUAUCAUAAGCAAGAAAUACUACAGGGACCAUUCAAAGUUUCCUGGCCUCUCCCCAGGAAUGUGAACAAGGAUAAUGUUUCCGCUGAAUUUAUGGAUGGGAUUCUGAGAAUAGUUAUUCCAAAGCUUUGAGGGUUCAUCGUUCUGGAACCAUAUAUACAUACGGUAAACGAUAUGUGUGAUAUAAUAUUAUAUAUAUGUCAAUAUGUGUGCAGUUUGUGUGGAAGAAAAGUCAACACUGAAGAAAGAUAUGUAAAAUAGAUUGGUCUGCUUUUAUAUAUCAAGGAUUGCAGACAGGCAUUACUCAGCUGAUAAAGUAAAGCCAUGUAAACAAUCGAUAAAUAUAUAAAAAAUAAAUCCUUCAUUA